GUAGACGUCUCUCCUCGCCAUGGCAGCAGCUCUGCCGGCGUGUUACCACGGCGCCAUCUCCAAGACGGAGUGUGAGGCUCUCCUGGGGAAGAAGAGCAGGAGCGGAGCCUUUCUGAUCCGAGACAGCGAGAGCAUCCAGGGAGCCAUGUGUCUGUGUGUGUAUAAACAGAAGGUGGUGCAUACGUACAGAAUGAUGCAGUCACACACUGGACACUUCACUCUCAUGACAGCAGGAGGUGCCGGGGAGACGUUCUUUAAGACCCUGGACGAUCUGAUCCUCCACUAUAAGAAGAGGAACCAGGGCCUGAGCGUUCAGCUGCGCCACGCGGUCAAGAGGAAGACGGCCAUGUUGAUCAAACCCCGGGAGCCGCGCGCGCCUCCUGCUCCUCCUGCUCCUCCUGCGCCUCCUGCUCCUCCCGAGUCUCCGAGGACAUCGGAGGACGAGCCCGAGUACCAGAAUGUUCCCGACUCCUCCGUCUACGUGGAGGUCCUUCCUCCGUGAGCGUCUCCGACGUCGUCGAGCCCCGAGGAGCGCGGCCGACGUUGACAGGCCGGCGAGCGUCCGUCAGGCGGACACACGCCGGACACGUGGCGUCCACUUGCAGUUGAAAAAUAAAUAGUGGGAAUAAUAACGAGAUAAGAGACACAAUAAAUACAUGG